CAACGUAAACUGUAAACCCCCUCCUCCUCCUCCUCCUCUACUGUGAACAGGCGACUGGCCCUUUAAGGGUUAUGUAGCCGGGCUAGCCGAUGUAGGACGAGCCGACCGUGCGUCUGCCUGCCUGCCUGCCUGCGCUCCCGCUGCCAUCCCCAUCAUGGCCUCCACACAGCCGCCACCGACGCCACCGAGGAUGAACCGACCAGCCAGCGGCCCUUCCCUUCCCGCAGCGGAGACGGACGUCAAGCCGAAGCAGAGGCACCGGUAGAGGCGAGCCGCGCCGGGGAGAGCCGCCUCACAUCCCAUGCCACCCCGGUCUCCUCCAUGCCUUCGUCUAAAGCCAAGUACAGCUAUUCGAUAAAGAGGGGUGCGAACCCGGGCGGCGGCGGUGGCGGCAGCGGCGGCAGAAACAUGACAACGAACAGGGAUUAUUCUGUUAAUCUGUCGGUGCAGCAAGUGCUGAGCCUUUGGGUGCAAGGCACGACGCUGCAGCACUUCACAGGUAUGCGGAAUGAAUGCUGUUUUCAUGAUCACACACGAGUCAUCCUCACCAUCGCCACCACCAUCAGCAGCAGCAGCAGCGUGUACAGGGUAGUUGUGUAGCCCGGAGUGUGUGUGUAUGUGUGUGUCGCUGUUGGCGUUUUAGCGCGUCCAUUUUAAAGCAUGUGUGAUAUUUCAUCUCACAUGCUUAGUGAGCAGAAAGGCUAGAGCUGGUCCCGUGAAGAGGGGGUACCACCUCAACCCCCCCUCUCCGCCCCCAGCUGGUGAAAACACCGGCUUCAAUAAAAAAUGCCACUCCUCUAUCCACGCCUGAGGAGUCAGUGUGUUUUAUAGAAAUAAUCACAACAUGUAGUUAAUUAAUCUUUCAGCUGUGAAUGCGUAUUAACUUAGUGGUAGUAAAUCAAGUGUCAUCUUCCUCCUUUUCCUCCUCCUCCUCUCCUCCUCCUUUUGUCUUGCAGUCCAGUUAUGAAGGGGCAAUUAGAGGCGGCAUCCUCAAGACUGAGAAGGAUAUCUGUCUGAGACCGUCUAGACUCCAGUAAUAGUGAGGAUGAGUAAAAUCAAUGCUUUUCUUAAUGUAGUUUUGAAUGGGAGGGGUUGGUGAUAUCAGCUUUCCAGUAUAGUUACCAUCAAGCUGUAAAUCUGUGGUUGGAGGAGCAGGAUGGGCUGAUAGCUGAUGCACCAGUGCUGUCAACUUUGUGCACAGCUAUAGUAAAGGAAAAAUGCCUUAACGCUGAUUUUCUUGCUCCCGUUUCUUUGCAUCUUAUGUGGACAUGAUUGACGGCGGUGCUAUGCUGGAUGUUCUUUCACAGGUAGAUGUGAUUAUACACCUUUUUUUAAGGGUCUCUGUGGAGGAGCUUCAAGGAAGGGCAGUGUGGGGUUGUAAAACAGUCAUGUCCACAUGAAAUAAAAAAGGAGAGGAGUGGUGUGUGGGUAUUUUAUCUUUCCUCCCUUGUGGGCCAAACUUCCUCAGUGAUCAGUUGACACGACAAAAAUUCCUGGCCACCAUCUGUUUAACAUUUUCCACCCUUUUCUUACUUCUACAUGUAUGACAAACAAGAGAUUCAGGGGGGAACGAACACCAGGACUGCUCUGUGGUAUAAACACAAGAUUAUAGACAUUCUUGACUUCCUCCCUGCAGAGUGAGAGUGAAGCACAGGCGGAUGUCGGGUCACAGACGGGUUGGCACAGGCCCAUCCCAUGAAACGCAGCUGAUAUCCUGUGUUGGGAAACACAUCAUGCAAGACCAUAAAAAAAGAGGUAGUUAAUGAUGCUGAGUCAGCAGGAAGCUGCAGCGCUCGCAGAAGUUUGCGGAAGGAGAGCUGCAGGCGUGAGGAGAGAGCUGCGAGGAGCUGAUGCAUGGACUUUAGUGAGCAGGGUGCACCAGCCUGCUACCCGAUCCCCCUCGACCUCACAGUUCACCAACCAGGUGGAAAACAACCUCUGAGAUGUAAAUAAGGUCAGAGGGAACAACAAGAGCAGAUGUAGUUUUUAAAGAGACCCCAUCCCCUCUGUCCUCUCUCUCACUGAGGCUCUGGGGAGUAGUCUUUACCAAUGAAUUUCCUGUUUAUGAUUUGUGUGCUCACAGCUGUUUCACUUCAACAAACUAUAUCGGGAACCUAUGCUUUAUGACCACAAAAAUGAGAGUGCAAGAAGACAUAGUGCGACAUUGAAAAAGACGUGUUUUAAGGGUUUGUUUUUUUAUCAACUCGCUUUAAAAUUUGGUUAAAGCAGCAGAGCAUUUACGAGAAACAGAGGAGGAGGGUGGUAGAGACCAAAACCAGAGCCAAAAAGUAAAUAAGCGAAUAUUACACCUACAUUUAGCAGAUAUAAGUAACUGUAAAAAUGUUAAUGUUAGAUAUUUACUGCAAAGCUGACAGUGAUCUCAUCUCAAACCUAUAUGUUACUCCUUUCACCAUCUCAGACGUCCCUCUAUUAACGUAUUCUGAUGUUUUAGAAAACUAGAACAGGAAUAUAUGAAGCUCCAUAAUGAAGAUUCACGGUGCCUGCAUUUAUAUGAACCCUGUUUAUCGUCCAACCCCACUGGAACAGCUUUAUGGUGAUAAAAUAUUUCAUUAAUAUAGCACUGACGAGGUUUUACACAGCAAUAAGAAAUCCAAACAAAAACAUCAACCAUCUCAGGAUCACAAAUAAAACAUCCAGCUCAUACUGACUAAAGCUUUUUUGAGAGUAAGUGCGUUAAUUUAAAAGUUAUUAUUGUUACUGCAAACCUCAGAUAUCCCUUGCUCUCUAUGCGCAGUGUAAGUCAAGACAGCUCCAGCUGUAUUACUACCAGCUGGCCGUGUUCCUCCUCUCUGUGUCACCCUAUACUGGGACGAAUCCAUCAUUCUUCCUGCUGAUGGAUGAACUCGACGCCCCUGCAGAGCUCCCACUGCGUGAGCCUGCAGUCAUGCCACUUCCACUCGUUCGUGUUGUAUAGCGGCCUGUGCGCUCGUGCAAAAGAAAGGAAAAAAGAAAACUCUUACCAAGCAACUAAAAACCAUGACCCCUGAUUUUUUUUUUUUUAUGCUUCACUGUUGACGGUCGAGCUCUAAAGCUGCCGUGCUGACAAAGACCUCUAUCAGUAGUUGAGGAUUAGUGGAAGUUAAUGCCGUGCUCUGACUGUGUUUUGGCUGCUUGCAUCUCUGAACAUGACACAGCACUUGAGACUUGCACAUCUCUAGGCUCAAAGGUGCGUUUCGGAGCUGUGACCACCUGCGCUGCUGUCUGCUAAAAUUACUGGUUUGACUCAGCUCCUAACAUCUGACAACCAACCCGCCAAGAGUCAUUUCUAUCUGGAGUAAAUAACCAGAGGUGUAUUUCCAUAAAAAUCCCAGCAGUCGCCAUAUCUUUUUAAUUCAUCUUUUUAUAAAUCCCUUUAACAGAAGUGUUGGAAUGACACCGUCCAGCCUGGCAGGUGACUGUGACCAUUUAUCCACCGUGGACAGAUUUCACUGACAUUUGGCUCUCCGCAGGUGUUAGUGUCUGACCCCGCCUUUCAGUGUUUGUGUUCAGCAAUGGUGAGAGCAGGAUCCAGAUCAUCCACCUUAAUAUAAGAACCAAAACCACAGAGCUGGUAUACUGCGGUAUGAGCAAAAGCAUUAAAACUGAUACCAAUUUUAGAGUAAAAGAGCUGAGUCUGUGAAAUUAUAGAACCUGUGCCUGCUAUAUUGUCAUAGUAGAUUUAUAGGCCGUUAAUGUAGAUGACAAUCAUAAAAAAGUAGCUUUAAUGCCUGACAAGAGAGCUUUAAUUAUUUAUAACACUGUUUUAGAGCUUGAUCCAGUGGGUACCCCCGAUGUGGUCCAGCCCCUCUAAAUUCUCACAAACUAAAUAAAUCAUGAGUCGUGACAAGAUUAUUCCAUCCAUCCAUUAUCCAUACUGGUCAUCCAUUGAUGCAGUAAAUCUGACUUCAGCUGCUGUAAAAAGCAGCACUCAGUAACUCUUAAUAUUCUCCCAAAAUGUGAGCUGUCCGUCACCCGACUACGCUAAUGCUCCUGUUCAUAAGUUGCAAAUUGAGCCUUUUAGCUCACCGUACACCAAAAGAUAAAGAAGUUCGAUAAACACACAAUGCUGAUCAGCAGAUUUGAAGAUUUCUGCAGGUAUGGAUGGAUGACCCAUUGAUUAUGUGCACAGACAGCAAACUUCAGCAUGUGUGGAAGUAAACAGAAGUGUUGAGACUGUUUGUAUGCACAAGUGAUGCAAAGGAGAGCAAGAUAUUAGAAUCAGUAUCCGCUGGAAUGAGUCUGAAAAUAUUGUCAUAUCGGCAGAAAUUUCAUAUUGUGCAUCAUCUUGAAUCAGCUGUUUUUCGGAGUUUGACCCUAGCGGUGUCUUAACCUUAUUUCUGUGAAUUCUUCCUCCUUACAAUCAAAGCACAGUCAAAACUCCAGUAUUUGCCUCCAAACUAAAGUGCCAUGGAAGUUUAUGAGUAAGAAAAGUUCAGUCUUCAGAUUCAGUACAGAGGCUGAGUGAGUCUCCCUCUCUUCCUGUGGUUCUGACAGAGGUGUGGUCUGUGGGACACCUCCUCCAGUGGCCUGACAUGCUCCUAUGUUGAGCAUUGUGUUAAUCCGUUCAGGCUUAAAUUGAGCGACAGAUGCCCAGUCUGUGAGACCAGGACCUGAUGAGGGAUCCUGACAGAGCCAGGAGGGACGUCUGAGUAGUUUUCAUUUUAUAAACCUGGUCUCUUCUGUCCCUCACUGAAGGAGGAAGAAACUGUACUGGAUACCAUUGCUCUUACCAGCACUGAAUGAUUAGUAAUAAGUCAGAUACAUACGUAGAUAGGUCUUGCAUGAUAGAUUAUUAAUACUAAUAGGACAUCAUUUGUAAUCACAGAAAGAUUUAGGGUUGUUGAGGCUUUAACUAAAAGGGUUGAAAUGAGUCACUACUACGACUUAGUGUAAACUAUAAUAAUAAGUUUAAGUCUUAUCCAUACAGAUCCGCCUGCUGCUUCAACUCGUUACCUCCAAACAUAAAACUAAAAAAAACAAUCACCAAAUCAUUGUGUGUUUCGUACUUUUUUCAUCUCCGCCAAGGUUUGUUGGCCUGUUAGCAAUAAUACAGAUAAACUGUUGGCACCGUUUCCAUUUACAAACGCAGAAACAUACAAGGCUACAAGGAGAAACCCAGUCAGUCAAAGCUUUGGUGGAGGUUUUCAGACUUUGAAUUCCCUUUUUUUUAUGAGUGGAGAAGUAAAACCAGGUAGGAAACAAACUGCUCACAUCAAAAUGCGAUGGAUGAAUCAGUUCCAUGUGGGUAAAAACUGCAAAAACGAUAUCUCUAAAGUUACUGCCAGCUUUUGCAUUCGGCUGCCCUUUAUGAAUCUCCUCAGGAAAUCUUGGAUUUGUUGAAAACCCUGAUGGCAGAUUCAGAUUCACAUCAUAGUCUGGUAUAUAGAGGAGCUUUACUCCAAUCACAGAAAUCCCUGUCUCCUUAUUUGUGUGAUUGAAGAAUCUUGCCCAGUAGAAACCAGCUUUUUGAGCCCUGAUGGUAACAUGUCACCACCACUGUCAAUCACGCCGUUAAAGCCCUCGUUUGUUGCAACAAAUAACUGUGAGGAAUAUGUGCUUUUAAUUAUUGCCUGAUCUCUUCGUCUUGAACACUCUUUCGUUCACCUCUUCUAUCACUGUCUCUUCAAAGUUCAACUUAAAUCUGUCAGGAAAGUCGAGCUGUCAGAUCUUGAUGGAUUUCUGGGUCACAGGCCAGAGGACAGAAGAUCGAGAAAGGCAGGCAGCAGCGUAACUCUAAAAGCGUCCUCUGGUACAUCCUGUAUCUUCCUCUCUGCCCAUCUUGUCAGAGUUGCUCACCUCCUCUCCUGUGAGACAGAUGAGGAUGGUUGUAUAGAGACAGCGGUGGGUGGUCUAACACUGUCAUGAAGGACAAAGAGCUGUUGUGUUGCUGUGCUGUCACAUCUCUCUCCACCCGGCUCAACGGCUGAUUACCUGAUCGAUAAAUAGAUGUAGGCGCUCACUCGGCUGUGGAGUAACCAGAGUAGAUGGAUAUGCUAAAGAGUCUCCUCUGGGCUGAGAAACGCUGUUUUCAGAUGUUUACACCGCACAACAAUGUCAAACUUCCUGUUUACGUCUCAUCAUACAAACUAAACAGGCUUUGGCUUUUUUACACCACAUUCCUCUGCUUUUGGAUCGGUGGUUUCCCAUCCGUGCUGGACGCCCCCUUUUUCCUCAGUCGAUCUCUUUUCUUCUACAAUAAUCCCGGGGCCAGCUGGCUCCUCUUUGCUCCCACAGUGCCAGUGGUUCAAAGCGCGGCCCCUCGCUGGUGAAGUGUGAUGAGGCCAGAGUUUUCUUUUUUAUGUGAAGCCAGUGUGUUCGACAGGAAGACAGAAGGACGAGGGCAUGAGGACAAAGAGGAAGAGGAAGGGGACUUUAGUUGGUCAAACUUUUACCAAGGCGUCAACUAACUUUUCAUUAUAAUUCAAAUAUCAUUUAAACUGACGUAUAUUGGUUAUUAUGUGGUAAUAACAGGUUUAUAAACUGGUGAUUCAGAGUUGUAUUAAAGGCGUGGUUGACGAUCUGAGAAGUAGUUAAAAAACUGAGCCGUUGAGGCAGAUUUGAAAAAAGCGUCCCACCCUCCACACACAAACCUCUCCCCCUCUUUGCUCCACGAUAACUGCCCCCCUGAACCUGUAUCACCCUCCUCACGACACACCCCCUCUGACAGAGCAAGAAGCUGGCCGACAGAAGAUCCUACACUAGCUUCAAAUAGGAUUCACCAUGUCGUAUUUCGAGUGACAAGUGGCCGUAAAUGCCAGCUUUGCUAGCGAACACCGUCUGCAUCUGCCUGGACAGCUACUGUGUUGACAUUGCAGAGACUAAUAAGAGUUACUUAUGUAACAUGAGCCACGAUAAAAGGCAAAAAUUACCUGUUCAACAAAAACUCUGCUGUCUCAGCGUCUGUUUUCAGGCCCAAAUCCUGGUGGAGCUUUCUCCACCGUUCUAAGGAUGACCCGAUGUUUAUUCAAGUUAGAUUCCUCGCUUGGUCACGUUUCCUCUUCGACACCGCCCUUUCUUCGCCUUGCACUUUUGGCGGUGGGGCAGGCGGAAGUGUUUUUUUUAAUUUUUCGUCCUUCUCCGUCACAGUUCCUGUAGCUAACCUGCUACGCUACUUUUAGCCGCUCAGAGCUCCGAGGAGGGCCGGGAGAACUACGGGAGAGGGGUGUGUUGAAUACAGCGAGGUGAUUGGAGGGAGAGGUGGAGCAGGAGAUUGACCAAUAGGAGCUGUCCGGGACAGAUGGCUCCUAUUGGUCAAUGUUUUUGCAGUCCUGCACCUGCUAGGGUGAACAAAUUUUUUCCAUUUUUUUCUCUUCACUUUGUGGAGAUCGCACUACAGGACCAUGAUCACCAUAUAAACAAGGUUCAUAGUAAUUACUAAUCUCUCCAAUCGUAAUCAUGAAUACCAACGCUCGUAGUAAUCCAUGAAUCAAUGAGUUGUACUUAGAUAUUUGUACUUAGAGUUGUUAUCUUACCUGUACAGAUACUGGCCCACAAAAUCUGUGUGUUUCAGAUGUAGUAUUUGGGGCUAUUAAUAAACAUCUAAAUGGUGCUCACUCAGACUAUAGUGGAAGACAAAACCAGCAGAGUCUCAGCUCUCACUACUGUCGUGUUUCGUCCUUUUCCACCAUUUGAAAUCGCACUAGAAUCAAAAGAAAACCUGUUUCAGCCAAUUCAAUACAGGCCAACACUGAAGCCUUGGUAUCAAGAUAAAUAUCAUCAGCAGAGAGAGGUUUUUGAGGAUAUUCAGUGGACUCGCUUAUCCUCAAUCCAGCUGAAGAUUCACCAAAAGCCAAAUGUGAGCUCUUGUUUCAGCCAAAAUCAUCCAUCUACUGCUCAACGUCUGAAAUCUCUCUCGGAGCGGUUUUUAUACAUCUCAACCUCAGGUCCAUUACCGCGCUCGGCUGCUCCCUUCAUGAGCCCUGACUGAGAAAGUGGGAGCUGUAGAUUGAAAUCCUCCCUCACAGAGUAAGUGCGCACCCUGAUCUGUGCUUUCGAACGAGCCCCGGUAUGUGUAAAUCUGUAAAACGCAUCAGGAAAUCAGCCAGAGGUCUAGAGCCGGGAUAGCAUUUCUAUCUGAGCAACGCAGUAACUGAUGCGACGUGACAAGGACGCUGUAUGUGUACCUACAGAGGGAGGAACGUUUAUCUCCUUCCUCACAAAGUGGAUGAAACCCUCUGGGACCCACUCUUUUCUCUCCAUAUGCAGACAAAGGGAAAUGUGCUGAUUCAUUACAAAUAUGAUGAUCUUAAUGUAGAGAAAAAUGAUUGUCAGCACAGUUUUUGCUAAGGAUGCUACAUUUCCCAUAAUGCCACUAAUCACCACAUUCAAUCAUUCUGUUGUAAUCUUGAUUCCCACAUAAGUGCAGGCUGUUAUUAUAAAGAUAACACGUUCAAUCCCAUUUUUAGAGUAAGAAAAUAUACGACAGAGGAGUUUUCCCAGAAUGCUUUGUGUCGAAUACCGUCUUAUCUCGUGUUUUUGCAUUUUCCUGUCUGUAUCUGAUCUGUCCUCCUCCCUGUGUUGUGUCUCCUGUCAGAGAUGUGGUACUGGGUGUUCCUGUGGUGUCUCUUCUCCUCGCUCUUCAUCCACGGGGCGGUGGGGCUGCUCAUGUUGGUCAUGCUGCAGCGCCACAAGCGGGGCCGCCUCAUCACCCUGGUGCUGGUCAGCGUGGGUUUCUUGGCCUCGCUGUCGGGAGGCGUCAUCACCAGUAAGUCCACUUUUGUUUUUCUUCCCUUUUUUUAGACCCAGACCUUAACAGUGUUCAGUAUCCAGUCAGCCAAGAGGAAGAGGAAGAAGAAGAGGGGAGGUGACGGGGAGGAAAAGAAGGAGUUAGUGUGUUGACUCCUGUCACACAGAGGGGGACAGGAGCUGACAGAGACAGAGCGAGGAAGAGCUCAGGCUUAUUUUUAUUCUUUACCUUCCUUAUUCGUUUAUACAGCUCAGCAAACUUCAGCCAUACCUGGUAAAAAGUUACAAAACCAUUUGAUUCAACGUCUUUUGAUUCAAUGAUGAUAAUCUUCAGGACAGAUAUUGAGGGUCUAUUAAAAGCUUGAAAUAACACAAAUAAGUGGUCCAGCAAUGUUGACACACGGUAUUUAAACUUUGUCACAACAUAAGAUAAGGGCUGAGUGUCUGUUUAAAUAUUUACAAAAAUCUGCCAAAAUGAUGCAGAGCUGCAAGGCUGAAUUACAAAGUGGGCAACUGUUCCAGCCCCCGGGGUCCUCAGCCUGUGGUAAUUGAAUAAAUCUUUGUUUAUUCAUCCUUAAUGCACAACUCAAACAAAAUACAAACAGGAACUGAAGGGAAGUGCUGCAUUACAGUAACCGUAAACAGAGCUGAAGAGAUAAGAGAUGAUUUUUGUGGGGACGAAGGGUAAAUGGAAAAUCAUCCAAACGAAAAGAUCGAAGUCGCGGGUGUUUCAGCUCAAAUAUACCAUCAUUUUUUAAAUCAGUCUGAUGUAACGCAAAAGAAAUUCUCUGUUAUUUGAAGGUGCAGAAAUAUAUGAUUUCAACUGGACUGAACACAGAAAAAGAUUCUUUAAAAAAUGAAUGAAGAAGUUUAUUUUUGCAGAUAAAUCACUAAGUGACUCAAAAGUGAACUUCUCAUUUCUAAGGGCCUGUUUCCAUCAUACACUUCUUUUUCUAAUGAUGUAAACAAACCCAGUGCAGUUUAGCCAAGUUUAAAGUAUUAUCAGCUAACAGUAGCUAUCAAACUGAGUAAGGACAUGAAUUCUUGUUCUUUUGUAAAUGUUAAUGAUCAUUUUUUGAUCCUAUUUUUCCUGACAAAAAGUGAAAGUAUGUUCUCAUCAGUUUCUCGAUUGUCAACGUCUUACACAGAGCCAUUAAAAGCUGAUGUUACAGUUUUUACAGAGGAAAGCAGAAGUGAGUCAAGAAGGCUUUUCUGUUUAUGACCAUGUUAACAGUGAUACUGUUUUCAAUACUGACAUUAUGCUUGCAACAAAUCAUAUGUAGACUUAGACAGAGCUGUUAAAGUGUGUUCAAAAAACAAUUCAUAUAUUUGAUUUAACUUUUGAUAUAGAGUUGACAUCACAUCAGCAUACAAAACACACAGAGAUCAUAUUUUAUCCACAGUUACUCUCCUUUUCCAAGUCCGUGUAGGUGUAAUCUUUUUAUACGUUUGCGCCCCUGGACACCGUCUUUAUUCCUCUCUGUUUACCUGAAUGAAUCUCACUGUUUGUCUCCGUACUCAGAUGUACCGAUUAUUGUUCAAGCCUCUGUUUGUCCUUACACUCACAGUGGAAGAAUAUAUUGGCAGGCUGCGUAAAUAGACCUUUAAAAGUCAAGUGUGAGGUAGGGGUGCUUCAGGGCUGUCUGAACGAGGCACUCGAGCUCACCUCAUGAAAGAAAGACAGUUUAUUAUUAAUGUGACGAUCAGAGAGAGGAGACUGUUUAUUAACUGGGAGCACAAAACCCUCAGCUGCAUCAACCAGGUCAUCCAGGUAAUGCAAAUCCAUGACGACUCAGAGCAAAUGUAGGUUUUGGUAACAGGAUGAAAUGAUAAUUCUUACUGUCUCCACACACCAAGCGCGAGUAAAAUUAGUCGCGCGAGUGAAUUACAUGUUAAGUCAAUGUAAAGACGCGAUUAGACGCUCCAACUACUCUGGUGGCGUGAAUGACUGGAAUUUGGCGGAAGCUGAAAAUUUCUCAGCUUGAGCGGAUAUUCGUGUCACGAUAACUUAUCAGCAGGUUGCCGGGUGACGUAUGAAAAUGCACAGUUGUUCACUGGUAUCUAAAAUGGAGAACAAAGUAAUUGUGUUGGUUUGUGGGUGCCCCGAAUUAAAUGAUAGCUUUUCGAAACCGGAAUGAAAGGGGGUUCCCUGGAGGCAAGUGAGUGAGGAGGUCGUAUUACCUGGAAAAUUGUAAAAAACCUUUGUCUAUCACUUGAUCCCGCCAGUUAAAUUGGAAGAGAUAACUGUUGAAAUCACUGUUGGCGCGCAAAUGAAGCGAGUGACGACUAUUCAUUCACAUUUCUAGAUUCGCGCAAAUUAAGCGCGUAGAUGAUUUUACUUGCGCUUGGUGUGAGCGCCCAAUUAGACUCAUUAUAAAUCUGAAACUGCUGUCAAAAUGACGCCUUGUGUGCACUGGUCUGAUUUUAAUUUAUAGGGUUGCUGCUGAUUCCUGUUGACCCUGGAUUUGACCAUUCAUGUUUCUAGAUUCGCGCGAAUUAAGCGAGCAGAUGAUUUUACUUGUUAGCGCCCCAUUAGACUCAGAAUAAAUCUGAAACUGCUGCCAAAAUGAAGCCUGGUGUGCACUGGUCUGAUUUUAAUUUAUAGUGUUGCUGCUGAUUCCUGUUGAUCCUGGAUUUGACCUCGAACGUCUGGAUAACAAAUGUUACCGUCUUAUAUUGAACUGGAUAAUUAGACAGAUUAAAAACAGACAUUAAACCGUCAAACGGUCAAAAAAACAAGAAGGAUGGCAGAUUUAGAAAAAGUUUCUCUUCUUGCUAAUCGUCAUGGAAACCCCCUGAUGUCAAAGGAAUGGAGCGCAGACACGGGGGUGGCUGUGAACUAAAUAAUGUGUCCACUUCAGCAUCUUUUUGUGAUACUGACACUCAGAAAAACAAGUUUCUCGACGCACAGCUGGAGUCUCGCUGCUGAGCGGUGAAAAUGAGCGAGGAUGAGCUCGUCCUCAGUGUGAGCGGACAGUCUGCAGUAAUGGUGACAGGCUGUGACAGACAGCUGUGUUUGUGUGCAUGCCCAUCUGUUUACUCUCUUUGUGUAUUAACGCUGCUGAUGCGUGUUUUUUUCCCCCCCUCAGGCGCAGCGGUGGCGGGGGUGUACCGCGUGGCGGGGAAGGACAUGGCACCACUGGAGGCUCUGGUGUUCGGUGUGGGCCAGACCACCCUCUCCGUUAUCAUCUCCUUCUCACGAGUCCUGGCCACGCUGUGAAGGGAAACUGCUCGACAAGAUAAAAGGACAGACGCCGAGAUGAGAUGAGAGCGGGAGGAUCGAGCCCAUCAGAGACUUCUAGACGCUGAAAAGUGUCUGAGUUCGUGGAAGAAGAAGAGGAGGCAGAAACCGCUCUCUGGACCUUUUGAAUGCAGGAGAGAGAAAAAAGAGAGCGCCACCCGGUGUUUCUGCUGGGUUACUGCCACAAUCACGCUGCAUUUCAGAGGAAACUGGAUGCAGGCCGGUUGUCAGAGACGGCUCUCAGCUUCUGAACUUGAAAGCCAUGUUUCAGGUGUUUUCAGAGCUCCAUCACUCUUCGUGCCAACAGCCUUCUCUGGACAUCCAGACGCCUUUGUGGCCACUGACUCUUGAAGGCUUUCUGUUGCACUUGUUGGAAAAAAAAAAAAAAACGCAAAGUGACGAUCUGAUGCGACGACCCGAUGACCUUUUUCGGUGAGCAGCAUGAGAACAAAAGUACAGCGACGAGGAGUGUUCAGGAAGUGGCGAUCAAACAGCGUUCAUCAGCAAAAAAAACCACCAUUUUCUUCAGCAUUCAACAUCAGCCUCACCUCUCGUUCUCCACAGUGUUCAAGUACAGAUCCUAACGAUCAUUCCUCUCCUGUAAACGGUUUAAAAGCCGCGACACUCGGCUCACGAGCGAGGCGCGGCUUUAAAUUUUGCACUUUGUAAACGAUGGAGAAGCUCUUUGCCUAAGAGGUGUGAAAUCACGAAGGAGAAAACCAGCAUCAGCUACGUUUGGUUUGUCACGUUGAAAUAAUGAUUCUUUGAGUGCCAACGAGUGAUCUGAUCGGAGUUAAAGGAAUAUUUAAAUACGUGAGGAAAUAUGCUGAUUCGUUAUCUAGCGGAGAGUUAUGCCGCUCUCAUGUCUGCGGAGUAAAUCUGAAGCAAACAGCUGUGAGACAGAGGGUUGAGCAGAACGACCAACGCUCAAAUAUAAACACAAUCUUUAUGUUGUUUCGAAGAUCUACAAACAAAUUUUGCAGCUUUAAUAAAGAGGAUCAUGCUUGAGAACUUAGCGGCUUUAGACUGGCUGCACACUAGAUGGUUCCAGGUCUUAUUUAGGACCCACCCUCAGAUAUAGAGGGGUCUGAUCUGAAGCUUAUUUCUGACUGAAAAUUCGUUACAUAAUUAGCAAGUAAUUUUAACGUUUAGACCACAGAGUGUUUAAUAACUGGACAAAGUGUUGGUGAUGUCAGCCAUGUUUGUGAAGCUGAUUUUAAAGGGAUAUUCUGGCGUAAAAUUAAGUUAGGGUCAAACACAUCGUAACAUCAAGAGAUGAAUGUUGCUUCUCUAGUUAUACCAACUUUUCCUGUUCCCCAUGGAAAUGCAAUCAGACCGAGAUGCUAAGGCAGAAGAACUACCGCGUCUGCAGAGCAAAAUUAUUAAUAUGAUAAUUAUUAUUUCAUGGAAAUAAUAAAGAAAUGAUCAUAAAUGUUCUUCCUUGAGCUGCGACACCCCACAGCAGUCUGUAAUGGACUGGCCUGAGGUCUCGACACAGACAAGCGGCUGCUGGAGGAGAGUGGGUGAGUUGUGUUUGGUCUCUUUGCUAAAGUUGGUAUAACUAGAGGAGCAAGCGGUCGGCAACAUUCAUCUCUCUCUUGGGGGUGUCUAACUCAGUGUUACGGUGUGUUUGACCCUAAAUUAAUUUCACGCCUGAAUAUCCCUUUAAGUCGACUCUUAAGAAGCACAGUUUUUAGCACUUCUGUGUCUGCUUCAUUUCUCGAGAUCAGAGGUUCCCGCCUAGUUAAUAUUAGUUGGAACUGUCCUCAUCUGUCCUAUGGGGGGACUGAUCUGGAGUGAGUAUCAGUCUUUUCCUCUGGCUCUCAGCAGGUAACAGAAUAAGCAUAUUUCCUAAAAUGGUGAACUGUUCCUUUAAAGGUCUGGACCAGCAGGCUGUUUCGGUUUGCACUGAGCCGGUGUGAUUUAGGCGUGGUGUGUGUAUGAGAUGAGGAUCAGGGUCUUUUCAUUCAGGGUUGAAGACAGAUGUGUUGGUUUUGAACACGGUUGCUUUUGCUGCUGGAGGGUCGGCUCUGGUGUCCGUGAGUCCUGGUGCAGAUCGUUAGUCAUCAUGUUUGAAUCCAGCCUUCCUCUGCCCUUUAUAGUAUUAUUAUUAUUACUAUUAUUAACAUGAUCUGCACUGAUAGAACCCAGAUGGACUAAUUCUGCUGCUUGGACGGCCAUUUUUAUGGCUCCCUCUGUUGUUUUUGGUUUAUUUAUUAACCCAUGUUCCUUAAGUUGAACUUUGCAUAUUGCACUGAGAUUAAUCUGCCUUGUUUUUUGCGCCUGUUCGUGUGAUCCUACUACUCUGCCCGGCAUACAAAAAUCAGUGAUUGUUGGGAAUGUGCUCGAAGCUACUGUAUGAACUAAAAACAGUGACGGAUAGAGAGAUACGCUGGUUUCAUUUGAGUUUAACGCGCAUUACUCGGCUCGUAAAUGUGAAUGCAUUCUCCAGAGUGCGGCUCUAACACAGGGUGAGAAGAGUUAGGUUGAAAUGCCAAAGUAAUGCUCACUUUCUAGCUUUAUUUAAUCAUCUUUGUCUUGUUUUAUUGAUAUCACAGCCACGGUUGAUUAAUUUUAUCUUUGCACAGGUUCCCCCCGGCUUCUUGAAUUAGAUGAAACUGAUUUUUGAGUUGCUGUGUGGUUUUUAUAGCUCUAAAGGUAAACCCCGUGUGUUUAUGAGAGUUAUGUAAUUGUCACAUCUCACCUUCAGUACCAGCUCAGAACACGAGAGGGCGAUAUUGCACAGAAAUUGAGCGGCUCGGGAGACGAUUGUGGAUUUUAAAGCGGUGAAACAGAGUGUGUACAGAGUGUUUUGAUACAGACGUGUUUUCUUAUCUAAAUUCCCCCUGAUUUUAAGUGAGAAAUUAGAUCAAAUCCUUUAUUUUAAUCCACUGAACGGCACUCUGCACAUUGUCCAUUCUACCUGCCUGAAUGUUUAAGCUCAAUUUCAGGGACCAAAUGUGAGCUGCUGCUGCUGCUAGUGACUCACCUGCUGUCAUAGCAAUGAAAUCUCUGUGAAGCUGUUUGUGGGGCAGUUUCUGCAUGUUCUUACAUGUGCGUGUGUGAGCGUGUGUGUGCGUAGGAGAUGUGUUGUGGCUGUAUCCAUGUAUGUGUAUUAUAGUAGGGUAUUAAUUUAUUUAUUUCUUUAACGUGGGGUUUCUAUUUUGGAGCGUCAGAAAGGUUGAGGACGAAAACCUGAAAGCGAUGUCUUACAUAAUGUGACGGAAACCUUUAAUCCGAGGUGUUAGAAGUGACUUUUUCUGCAUGAACUGGACUCUAAAUGUAAGAUUUGUGCACUUGUUGUACAUCCAGAGCUGUAUAUAGCCACAGUGAAACCAAUCUCUACCAGGAGAAGAGCGCACGUCACGACGAAUGUGUUACAAACAGCUGAGAAGAACAAACAAACUACCGGAGAGUGUUUUUGUUUUCACACACACUCAGUGCCAUGAUCGCUCAUCGUGAAUAUCGUUUUUUUUCUGCUCCAGGCUCCGUGAUUCAGCCGCCGUCUAAGUGGCUGAUGACAGUGUGUGUGUGUGUGUGUGUACUGCAAUAUUAAAGGAGACACCCAGCAACUAAUAAUCCCCUCUAGACUGUAGGAGAAUAAGUACACCCCAUCACUCUGCAGCUCAAUAAUCCUUCUCUUUCACAGGCUCAUAACUAAAGCUGCCCCCUCAGUCCACCGUCGUCCAAAAUGCCACAUCCCCCACCCCGCUCCCCUCCCCGGACACAUACUGUGUACCAGAAAACGUGUGAAUGGACGAUAUGGACAAUCCAACAAGAGACAAUGUUGUACAAAAACCCAAAGUGGCACUUGUAGAUAAUGUAAAAUAAGUUCUUUUUUAAUUUUGUACCAGCAAAACCGCUGAUAUUUAUAACUAUUGCCUAUUUAUGUACAAACUGUUCUCCUGUACAUACUCAACUGUCGGUUGAAAUAAAAAUCUUUUGCAGUAUAAACUCUCUGGAGUGCCGUCUUUGUCUGCAGCCCUCCCUCACCUUCCUCCUCUG